AGCUCGCCUCUCCUCAGAUCUCUAAGUGAAAGAUAGUCUCCGGUUUGAGAGAGUGAUUACUGAUAUCUAGUCGCCAUAAUCAUGGCGAUUAGGGUUUUUGUUGUGCUUUUCAUCUUAUUGUCUUCUUCAUACACCAUAUCUUCCCUCUAUGAAGAUCAAGUCGGACUUAUGGACUGGCACCAGCAGUAUAUAGGAAAGGUUAAGCACGCUGUUUUCCACACACAGAAGGCUGGACGGAAGAGAGUGGUAGUCUCCACCGAAGAGAAUGUCGUCGCAUCUCUCGAUCUUCGUCGUGGCGAGAUUUAUUGGAGACAUGUUCUUGGGGCUGGUGAUGUUAUCGAUCAAAUUGAUAUAGCACUUGGAAAAUAUGUCAUUACCUUGUCAUCAGCUGGAAGUACACUGAGAGCAUGGAACCUUCCUGAUGGACAGAUGGCGUGGGAGUCUUCACUUUCAGGCUCAAAGCCCUCAAACUCAUUUUUACUCGUUCCGGGAAAAUCUGAAAAGGAUACUGUGAUCAUUGCCUAUGGGAACGGGUGUUUACAUGCUAUUUCAAGUGUCGAUGGUGAACUUCUCUGGAAGAAGGAACUAGAUGAAGGAAUUGAAAUCCAACAGUUGGUUCAGCCCUUUGGGAGUGAGCUGAUAUAUGCUGUAGGAUAUAUCGGAUCUUCCCAGUUUGCUGCCUAUCAAAUUAAUGCCGAUACUGGUGAUUUGCUGAAGUAUGAAAGCGAGGCUUCUCCUGGUGGCUUUUCUGGAGAGAUAGUGUUGGUUUCAGGCGAAACCUUUGUGGCAUUUGAUGCAACUCAGACACAUCUGGUCUCAGUAAAGAUCAGGAAUGGAAAAAUUAGCUUUCAGCAAACACAUAUUUCAAACAUUGUUGACAAUCUUUCUGGAAAGGCUACACUGUUGCAAUCUAAGCUUGCAGGGAUUUUCGGUGUAAACGUUGGUACAUAUACUACAUUCGUUAAAGUUACAGAUGAAGGCCAAUUUGUGGUAUUGAGCAAAACCAGUCAUGCAGCAGCUCUUAGUGAUGUUCUCCCAAUCUCAGAUGGCCACUUUGCCUUUUCCAUUAUUCAGCUCGAUGGUGAUAAGAUUCAACAAACAGUGAAGGAUGUUGAAGACUGGGGAAAUGAUUUUCUUAUUGAGAGAAUAGAUAUGACAGAAAAGAGAGGGCUUGUGCAUAAAGUUUUUCUUAACAACUAUAUUAAAACAGACAGGUCUUACGGAUUUAGGGCCUUGGUUGUUAUGGAAGACCAUUCACUUCUGUUACUCCAACAAGGUGAGAUUGUUUGGACUAGGGAGGAUGGGCUUGCUUCUAUAAUUGAUGUAACAACGUCAGAAUUACCUAUAGAGAAGCAAGGUGUUUCUGUGGCGAAAGUAGAGCAGACUCUUUUUGAAUGGCUUAAGGGCCAUCUCUUGAAGGUUAAAGGAACUUUAAUGCUUGCAACACCUGAUGAGGUAGCUGAAAUUCAGAAAAUCAGAUUACAGAGCUCUGGGAAAAGCAAGAUGACACGUGACCAUAAUGGCUUCCGGAAGCUUCUCAUAGUGCUUUCCAAAUCGGGGAAAAUCUUUGCUUUACAUACAGGAGAUGGGAGAAUUGUGUGGUCUCAGUUACUCCGUUCCCUUCAAAAGUCAGAAGGAUGUGAAUUUCCAGUUGGACUUAAUUUAUACCAUUGGCAGGUUCCACAUCAUCAUGCAUUGGAUGAAAACCCAUCUGUUCUUGUAGUUGGAAGAUGCGGUUCAAAACUCGAUAAUCCUGGUGUUCUUUCUGUAGUGGAUGUUUAUACAGGAAACGAGGUUAAUCCCUGGGGCCAUGUUCACUCCAUUUCGCAAGUUGUUCCGCUUCCUUUUACUGAUUCAACAGAACAACGCCUGCAUUUGUUAAUAGAUACUCAUGGGAAUGCACACUUAUACCCAACAAAUACUGAGGCUCUUGAAAUCUUCCAACGUGAGUUCACAAAUGUAUAUUGGUACUCGGUUGAAGCUGAUACCGGGAUCAUUAAAGGCCAUACCUUGAAGAGUACAUGUACUCUAGAGGUUGAAGAUAAAUACUGUUUCAGCUCUCGAGACUUAUGGUCUAUUGUUUUCCCCUCUGAAUCAGAGAAAAUUAUUGCGACUGUGACAAGGAAACCCAAUGAGGUGGUCCAUACGCAAGCUAAGGUUAUGGCUGAGCAAGAAUUGAUGUAUAAAUAUAUUUCAAAGAAUUUAGUUUUUGUGGCUACGGUAACACCAAAGGCUAGUGGUGAAAUUGGCUCUGCCACCCCGGAUGAAUCUCAGCUUGUUGUGUAUCUAAUAGAUACUGUGACUGGUCGAAUAUUGAACCGCAUGGUACAUCACGGUUCCCAGGGUCCGGUCCAUGCAGUUUUCAGUGAGAACUGGGUUGUCUACCACUACUUCAAUCUUAGAGCACACAGAUACGAGAUGUCAGUCAUUGAGAUCUAUGAUCAAUCACGAGCUGAUAACAAAGAUGUUCUGAAGCUUAUUGUUGGAAAGCAUAACCUUACAUCUCCUGUUUCGUCGUAUUCUCGUCCCGAGAUUCUAACGAAAUCGCAAUCUUAUUUCUUCGCCCAUACUGUUAAGGUUGUAGCAGUUACAUCAACUGCCAAGGGCAUUACUUCAAGACAUCUUCUCAUUGGCACUGUUGGUGAUCAGGUUUUGGCUCUUGACAAGCGUUUUGUGGAUCCUCGUCGAACAGCUAAUCCCACACAAGCUGAAAGGGAAGAAGGACUAGUUCCUCUUACAGAUUCACUACCAAUUAUUCCACAGUCCUACGUGACACAUGGCCUUAAAGUUGAAGGGCUGAGAGGAAUAGUGACGAUUCCGACAAAGCUGGAGUCAACUUCACUUGUGUUCACGUAUGGGGUUGAUCUCUUCUUCACACGGAUUGCACCUUCAAAAACCUAUGACUCGCUCACUGAGGAUUUCAGCUAUGCGUUACUUUUGAUCACAAUAUUUGUUCUUUUAGUAGCAAUCUUCGUAACAUGGUAUCUAUCCGAGAAAAAAGAGCUCGAAGAGAAGUGGAGAUGAUCGUAUGAAACCAGCUAUGACUGUUGAUUUCCCAAUUCUUUUUGCCCAAACACAGCUGGUUACAUUUUUGUUCAGCCUUAAAUCCACCAUUGCACUAAUUUUCUGUACCAUUUUCACCAUGUUAACUUAAAAUCAUAUUUUAGGUUCUUUAAUUGAAGCAAAGAUUGUUUUUUCAUAAUUGGCCUUAUUUGAAAUUUUAUUUUUUUACUUGGAUUGGAAUUUAGCUAAGAAGCCACAAUUGAAUUUUUAGUUACA